GCGGCGGGAGGCGGGGAAAAGCGACGCAAACAGUCGCGACGCCAUUUGCUCCUGCCGAACGUGGACUCAGCCGGGUCUCGGAAGAGCUCGGUAGGAAGACUCUCCGGUACACGCUACCCGACCGCCAGCACCUACUUCUCGCGCUCUCCCUCCUGUCACCCCGCGGAGGAGUCGCCGCCGCCGCUGCUGCAGCCACCCAAAAAGAAGUCAGGGACACCGUGGGCCCAUCGUCACAGCCAUGCCCAAGAAUAAAGGUAAAGGUGGUAAAAAUAGGCGCAGAGGUAAGAAUGAGAAUGAAUCUGAAAAAAGAGAGCUGGUAUUCAAAGAGGAUGGUCAAGAGUAUGCUCAGGUAAUCAAAAUGUUGGGAAAUGGGCGACUAGAGGCGAUGUGCUUUGAUGGUGUAAAGAGAUUAUGUCACAUCAGAGGGAAGUUGAGGAAAAAGGUUUGGAUAAAUACUUCAGACAUUAUAUUGGUUGGUCUCCGAGACUACCAGGAUAACAAAGCUGAUGUAAUUUUAAAAUACAAUGCAGAUGAAGCUAGAAGUCUGAAGGCGUAUGGCGAGCUUCCAGAGCAUGCUAAAAUCAACGAAACUGAUACAUUUGGUCCUGGGGAUGAUGACGAAAUUCAGUUUGAUGACAUUGGAGAUGAUGAUGAAGACAUUGAUGAUAUCUAAAUUGAACUCAGCAUCUUACAUUCCAUUUUUUCUGAAGAUUGUCCUACAGUUUGGAUUUUGACCAUUACCCUUUAAGAAGAUUAAAAUUUCAUUAGCAUGAAUGCAAUUUGUUAAAGCAGACUGGUUUGUUUCUAAGGUAUUUGCGUUUCUUCAAAAAUGAAUAAUACUGAAUUAUCUUAGUGAGAUGUUAAGCCCACUUUGUUCUUUUGAUGUAAUGGAGUUUAUGAGUAGAAGACCACAUCUAUUUUAAAAAAAAAAAAUGCAUUGCUGCCUUUCCUACUUUGACCACUUCCAGUAGGUAAAUGGAUGUUUUCAAUAGACCAUUUACCUUGUUCUUGUUAUAGAUUAUGAUUAAGCCCUAGUUUUAACUAGCCUCUUGACUGUACAGAGUCAUUGUGUAUAUUCCAAUUACCUAGAUGUUCCCUUGAGAUUUUGGUAAAAUUUGAGGGAGGCAGAAAUCUGCAUUUGAAGUAAAAGAUCUUUUUUCAUAUUUAAGUAGCAUGUGGCUAUUUUUAUACUAAUUUUGAUAUCAUGUACAUUCUUUUCAUGAUAUUAUUUUGCCACCACAAACAUAUCAAAAAAGCAUUUCCAAAAUGUAGUUUUUAGAACCUUGGGUUUUAUUUUAAUAGCAAUUUUGAAUCUGUAAGCUUAGUACUUGCAGAAGAACACUAGGUGGCACCCAGUUAUCUUAACAUUGGAAAUAUUGAUGUAAUUGUUUAAUUGUUGACUUUUUCUUUACUUGGCAUAAGAAAUUUCCCAAACAUGAGAAGAUUGUUUUUGAUCAUAUUCAUGUAUGUAGAAUAUUUUUACAAAACAGAAGGAUUACAUUAAAAGUGUUAUUUUAUUUUCAGAAGUCAUUUACAAGUAAGCUACAAUUUGAGUGCUUUAAUAAACACUUAAAAUAUAUAUAAAUUUAAUUUCAUAACAACUUGUACAGAUUAAGCCCUUUUCAAUAUAUUCCUAAGCUGGGGAAAGAGGAGGGAAUAACAACUUAAUGGAAAAAUGGUCUCUAAUUUCUGAAUGGAAAAGCUACAGCUGAGAAAUAUAAUAAAAUGUCAUGCUGCAGAGUAUAUUAUACCCUUACUUUGUGUUAAGGAUGUAUUUUAUUAUGUGAGUAGAUUUUAUUAUUAAUAUUUUGCUUGUAUUGGGAACUAGGUUUGCUGGUAACUUCCUUAUUUCAUUUUUAGUUAUCAACUCUAAUAAAAUGGAAUUGGGCCUGAACUAGUUAGACCUCAUGAGCCACAUUGAAAUCACAUGCAACUAUAAAAGAAGAGAUCCAUUAUAUAGUUUGUGGCACUUUUAUUCUAUUGGUCUCCAGAGAACUUUUCAGUGAUGAAAAGUAAUAUAUGGCCUUACAUGGCUUCAAGAAACAAGCAAAUCUUCUCAUACUGCAAUUUCCUAAGUGUGCAAACUCUAGAUUCAAAAAUCUGAGGUACCAGAAAGCAUUACUACGUUGAAAAAUAGAAAUUAAGAGUACAUAAUUGUGAUUCAUACUUCUCAUUCUGUGGAGUUCCUGAACACUAGGGUGGAAUACAUCUGAGACCAAGGGCUGGUUUUUAGUACUCAUAAGAUUUCAUGAUGGUCUUCAUUCGUACUCUAAACCUCCUAAGAUAUUUAGGCUCUGUACAUAAAAGUGGUUUGCUAAAUUUACAGUAUGUAUAGCUCCUUGGUAAAAUUUUGUAAUUUUACCAAGAAUGUUUGAAUUUGGCAUAUGUGGUACAGUUCCUAGUAGGGAUAGUGCAACUCAAACAUUUGUUUUUCUACUUAUCUCUUCUAAUAAAUAUAGUUUGUCUGGAGAGUUUCUAAAAAUUACAACUAUGACUCUAUGUAGUUGCUUUAAAGUGGAAAAAUGGUAUAGUUUUGUUAACUGAUUAUAUUUCAAAUGAGGAACGGAGGUGGUCUUCAAGAAGGUUAUUUUGUUUUUUUGUUUAUACUCUUCUGAUUCCUAUAAUAAAUGCUACAAGCUAUGCCCAGAAAGAAAAUAAAAUGUUUGAAAUCCAAGAAUAAUGGUUCUUAGUGCAAAGAGGAUGUGUUAGUUACUACUAAUGAAUUUAAUGGGCUUGCAUUUUUCAUACAGUGUUCGUUCCACUUCAGUUAGAGCAUAAAUAUGUUGUAUUACUAAGGUGGCCAAAUAAAACCAAACCAAGCAUUUGUGUAAAAAAAAAAAAAAGAGAGAGAGAGAGAGACGUGCCAAGACUUGUUUGGCUGUUGAAUAUUUCUUCUUAAACAUCCAGCCUCUAAAGAGACCACUUCUUAAGGAGCCUGUAAACUAUGCAUGAUGGAAAUUCUUGUAUUUUAUUGAGGAAUGGCCAUUGGUUUACUUACCACAUCUAUGGAAUCAUGGCUAUAAAUAGUUGCUGAUAAAACUCUUUGUGACUUGUAAUUUAACUUAAUCUCCUCUUACAUAAAUACUAAAUUAUGAUGCUAAAUAACAUCUUUAAUAGGUAUAAACUGGUGUCAGUAUUGACUUCAGAGUAACUCUGAGUAACCAAAUAGGUAAAAGCAUGUUUUGAAUAAAAUACUAGCUAGAUUUAUACUUUAUUUGUAUUGUGUAAAAAUUUAACAACGUCCAGAAUUGACUGGCUUGACACUUAAGUUAUCAUAAAGAAAAUGAGGUUUUUUAAUGUUACCUGAUUGUCAUAAAGGUGAAAAGGAUUUGUAUUGGUAUGAAAUGUUUAUCUUGCUUAGUAAGGGUAAGUUUCAUUUGUACUGUGUGGGGUCCCUUGAACUUUUGCACGCUGCUUUAUGUUUGUGGUUUACCUUAAACCACUAUCCUUUUUAUCCUUGCUUUUUUUCUUCCUAUUCAGAAAAGGAAAAAAAAUGUGAAAAGACACUAGACUCUAGGUUUGGCGUGAACUGAGCGAUUUGGAGAGUGUGGACUUUGUCCUCUCUUUGCCCCGCAGCUGUCUGGUACUUAAGAGGCAGUGUACUAGAGAGGGAAGAGCAUGGGCCUGUGCCCCAUCCCCUACUUCACAUUCUACCUGAAGGUGACCACAGGCACUUUCUCUAUCCUUUCUCAGCUUCAGGCUCCUCAUCUACCUGUAAGACGGGGAUGAUGACAACAGCACCUGUCUUGUUAGGAGGAUUGAUAAUUUAGACAUUUAUACAUGUGACACACUUAGAGCAGUGUCUGCCUCUUUUCAUUUGAUAUCCAGGACUGUGUAAGAUAGAAGAUGCAUGUCUUCAAUAUUCUGUAGUUAACAUUUUUUUUUGCAUGCAGUCUUUGAUUCUUAUGAUGAAAGGAGCAUACAAAAUGUAUAUUGGUGUCAACACAAUAUUUAAAAUCAUCACUACCAACCUCAUUUAAUUGGGCAUAAGAGUAGCAGGUGGAAGUCUCUUAAGUUGCUUGAAGAUAUUUUACAAAAUGCCAACUAUUCUAUAUCUCUUUAGAGAAAAUUUAUAGUUAUUAAUAGUAAUAGCUCUGGUAAUGUUUUAUUCUUAAGCCUUCAAUGAGUCCUUUAACCAUCGAGUCCUUCUAUUGUCGUUUCAUUAUGGAUUCAUGACAGCUAAUUAGAACUGACUGAUUUAGAGGUUUCCUUUACCAUCAUUUGGAAUGAUGUAAAGAAAUCAGAUAUAAACUGCUGCAAUUAGAAAAUAAAAUAUGAAAUAGCUUUCAACAAUG